GGAGAUUCAGCUAGUAGGACUGUCUUCCCUUUCGGUCUUUCUCUGUUCUUCCUGUAUGGAGCCCUGUGAUGCUUGAAGAAGCAGCUGUCAGCCAUUAGUAGAGUGGCAAGGUGUCAAACUGGAAUCCCAUGCAAACAACCCUAUAAGACUCCUGUUUAAGCAACACAAGUUUGCAGUGAUUCAGGCCUUCUUCUGAAGAGACAGCCUCUUAAUGAGUGAUGAAGAAGAAUCACCAAAAAAUCCCUCUGCGGAAAUGGUCUUUGAAAAAAGAGCAGUCAGUCCCACUGGGAAACCGGAAUACGGUGAUCCAAGGACAUAUGACCCGGAUUUCAAGGGCCCUGUUGUCAGCAGGAGUUGUACAGAUGUUGUGUGCUGCAUGAUCUUCCUAGUGUUUAUUAUGGGCUACAUUCUUUUAGGACUUAUGGCCUGGACCAAUGGUGAUGCCAGGAGAGUAACGUAUCCUACGGACAGCCAGGGCCAUUUCUGUGGCCAGAAGGGCACCCCCAAUGAGAACAAGACUGUUUUGUUUUAUUUUAACCUGCUAAGAUGUGCCAGUCCCUCUGUGAUGAUAAACCUACAGUGCCCUACCACACAGAUCUGUGUCUCCAAGUGCCCCGAAACAUUUUUAACCUACGUCGAAAUGCAAAUUUUGUAUAAAAAGAACAGUAGUUACUGGGAAUACUACCGUCAAUUCUGCAAGUCCACUGCUAAGCCUGCAAAGUCUCUCCCCGAAGUCCUAAUGGAUGAUGACUGUCCCACCGCGGUUUUUCCAAGCAAACCUUUUCUCCAGAGAUGUUUCCCUGACUUCGUUAACAAAAAUGGCACUUUAACAGUAGGCAAUAGGAUACUCUUUGAAGAUGGAAGUGGAAGGAUGAGGAAUGUUUUGGAACUCAGGGAGGCCACCAAUGGUAUCAAUAAAAUCCUUGAUGCAAGAGAAAUCGCUUUAAAAGUGUUUGAAGACUAUGCAACAACUUGGUAUUGGAUUAUUGUUGGUCUGACUAUUGCCAUGAUCCUUAGUUGGACAUUUUUGAUACUCCUGAAGUUCAUAGCUGGAUGUCUCUUCUGGUUCUUCGUGUUGGGUGUACUUCAAGUUGUAGGAUACGGAAUAUUGUACUGUUUCCAGCAAUACACCAAACUUCAGGAACACCCAGAAUCUUCAUUAACUCUUUAUAACAUUGGGAUUGAGACUAAUAUAAGCAUGUACUUUCAAUUGAAACAGACAUGGUUUAUAUUAAUGAUAAUACUCUGCAUCCUUGAAGUGACUAUCAUCCUCCUGCUGAUCUUCCUCAGGAAACGAAUUCAUCUGGCCAUUGUCCUGCUGAAGGAAGGGAGCAAAGCCAUUGGAUACAUCCCUAGUACAUUAGUUUAUCCAGUUUUAACCUUCAUUUUGCUCUCCAUCUGUUUUUCCUACUGGAUUGUGACAGCACUUUUCUUGGCUACAUCAGGGGUACCUGUUUACAAAGUUUCAGCCCCAGAGGGGCAAUGUGUACAUGAAAAUGAAACCUGUGACCCAAGGAUUUUUAAUACAACUGAUGUUCCCAAAGCAUGCCCUGGGGCUCUCUGUAACUUCGCUUUCUAUGGUGGAAAAAGCCUGUACCAUCAAUAUAUAAGUACCUUGCAUUUGUACAAUCUAUUUGUCUUUCUCUGGCUCAUAAACUUUGUUCUUGCACUGGGUCAAUGUACCCUUGCUGGUGCCUUUGCUAGUUACUACUGGGCCAUGAAAAAACCCGACAACAUCCCAGCACUUCCGCUUUUUAAAGCAUUUGGACAAGCCGUACGAUAUCACACGGGAUCUCUGGCAUUUGGAUCAUUAAUUCUUGCAUUAAUUCAAAUGUUUAAAGUGAUCCUAGAAUACUUGGACAGACGUCUUAAAAGUGCCCAGAACAACAUCUCUAAAUUCCUAAAAUGCUGCCUGGGAUGCUGUUUCUGGUGUUUGGAAAAAAUGGUAAAGUUUUUAAACAAAAAUGCUUAUAUUAUGAUUGCAAUAUAUGGCAAAAACUUCUGCAGAUCAGCCAGGGAUGCUUUCAACCUUCUGAUGAGAAACAUUUUAAAAGUGGCAGUUACGGAUGAAGUUACACAUUUUGUAUUACUCCUGGGGAAAAUUCUAGUUUCUGCACUUAUAGGUGUCCUGGCCUUCUUACUCUUUACAGAAAAAAUGCCAGUGAUUUUGGGAGGACCAACAUCUUUAAAUUACUACUGGGUACCUUUGCUGACGGUCAUUUUGGGAUCUUACCUAGUUGCCCAUGGCUGCUUCAGUGUCUAUGCAACGUGUGUUGAAACAAUCUUCCUGUGCUUCUGUGAAGAUCUGGAAAGGAAUGAUGGAUCUGCAGAAAAACCCUACUUCAUAACCCCUAGCCUGCAUGAGAUUCUGGUCAAGAAGCAAUCAGUUCCUCAGAAGCAGAAAGAGUAGAAAAGCUCCAAACAGUGCCAUCCACUCUUAAGUUGAUGCUUUGUGAACUAGGUCAACUGUAAUUUGAAAAUGUUGCCUUGGAAUAAUGUGAAAUUUCUGAGCUACUUUGAAAACAAGCCAGCACUUGGUAUCAUCAAAGGUGUCAGGCACUCGAUGGCAGCAGGCCCCCGUGAAGUAGCACACUUCAUAGAUGGUGUCCCCAGCGGAAGAGUCCAGUGUUAAUGUCAAACAUUUUUUAAAACUUACAGCUGAAAGUGUUUUAUUAACUUUUGUAACUCAGCGUGUUGUUUCACAGCAGCACUUUGAUAGCCUUUUUUUUAAGAAGUGUAUAUUUGUAAAAGAUAUUCAGGCAACUUUUGAAAGCACUAUAAAUGUGUAAUCAACUAGCCAUAAAAAUAUUGAUUUAUAGUUAACCAGCAUAAGGUACUGCAUUUGUAAAUAUGGUGCUAUGGUUAUAUUUAUACUUUUCAAGCUGGUGAGCAACUCUCUAAACUGUGAUUAAAUGUGUAUUAAUAGUUCCUUAGGAAGUAUAUUUUAGUAAAUGAGUCAAGUCCAUAACAAACAUCUAGAUAUUAAUGCCAGACAGGUUCUACAGAGGACAGUACUGGGCAAAAGUUACUGUGGGACCUUCACAGUUCAUUUUCUUUUAGUGAAUUUAUAUUUAUAUUGAAGCUGAAUCUGAGUUCUAGAAUAUCAUUCUAGUAAUACGAGCUUCUGGCCACCAUGAAAAUAUCUUGAACAAAAGAAAAAAGUGCCACACAGCUCAUACCAUUGGUCUCUAACACAAAUUUCCCAUUUCCACCAUGUAGAAGAUCAGUAUGGAUUUGUUUCAAAAGAGUGAUUUCUCUUUUCAUGAACAUACCUGUAUUUCUAGAUUAAAGAGAUUGUGUGGCAUUUUCCAAAAAGAAGGUUUAAUUUUAGCUCAACUCUCAGUGAGGAAAGAGAAAAGUAAGACAUUUCAGAUUUUAUGCUAAGGGAAUAUAUGGUUGACCUCUAAUUAGGUACCUCAUCUGGUACCUUUACCAGGGAUGUACUUGAGGUUAGGAAAGCUCUCUCUCCAGGGCUUAAGAGGAAUGUUAUUGCUACAUUCCACGGCUGCUGGGCAGAGCAAUAAGCCAACUCAGGCAAGACAUGCCUAAUUCUUGCAUGGCCAGGCAAAGCAUGAAUCAGACGCUCGUAUACCUUGUCUAUUCACCCCAUGUGCAAAUGCAUAGAAUAUGGCUGACAGUGUAAAAAUGCACUGAAUCAGUUGCCAUCCCUUUGGCUUUUACAUUAAUCUUGUGUAUGACAGAGAGGAACAGGCUGAUCUAACAUGUUGAUCAGAAUAUGAUGCACACAUCAACAAGACAAUCAGAAAAGUAUUAUUGUGCUACAAAUUAAUACAAAUACUACUUUAUUUAAUUAUCCUGAAGCGUAUGGACUUAGCUUUAGAUGGAUUUUGUGGCAGCUUACUAGCAAGAAGCCAAUAAAUAGGGGAAAUUUUCAAAAUAAUGGUCCUUAAAAUGACCACCAACUCAUUUUUGACUCACCUUCUUAAGAUUAUUGGAGUAAAAGUGUCACUUGGCUUCACCCCUUGGCAAGCAGCCCUCCUCAUUCUUACUAGCCUUGAAGGAUAAUACAGGGAAGAGUGAUCACUCUUCUUUCUAGAUUUUUUCCUUAGUACUCAGUAAUAAAAGGGCCAGAACAAAAAUCUAGUAGAAUAGUGACUUCUACCAGUGAACUUGUUAUACACACAGGCGCCUGGGCCCACUGUGUUUCCAGAUUGGCAUUGUGUGGAAUGUUACUUCUCUAGUUGAUUCUGGCACACGUUAAAGUUGGAAAAAUCACUUGAAUAAAAUAUAAAUCAACAUGUGGGCAACUAGCUGCCUGUUUAACUGUUCUAUGGGCUGAUUCCCAGGUAGAAAAAUGCUGUUUGUUACUCCUUUGUAUAGUUGGAAUGCCUAGAUUUAAAAUGAGCAAUGUUUUGAGAAGAAACUUAGAAGCCAUUUUCUUAUAAAGCAAUUAAACUGAGAUCUGUGGAAAAAACUAUGGUAUUUCUCAACACUUGCUGCUGAGAGAUUUGAAAUACUGUAUAUUGACAUUUUUCAAAUAUUAUUUUUCAAGGCUGUACCAUCAAAGUUGUUGGUAGCAAAACAAAAGCAAUUUUGGACAAAUACAGUACGGUAAUUUAGAAAGUAAAUCGAGGGGAAAAAACGUAAAUAAAAGUUGUUCCUCAGUCGUGCGCCUGCAUGACAUGCAAUGUUGGCAGAAACUGUGUCCCAACACAGAAUGAGAUAAUAUUUCAUUGACAUAAUAACAAGGGCUGAUUGUUUUCUCUUACCUAUGUUUACAAUAACACUGAUGCCAAACUAUGCUGUUUCUAAAAAUGUGGUAUCGAGUUGCUGUAAAGCGAGCAUGCAGCAGAUGGCGAUGUUACUCCUCGUUCGGUUUUGCUUUGUCAGUUAUCGUGUGCCAUUCUUCCUCCUAGUGGACGAUUUAGAACGCAACGAAGGUUCUGCUGCAAGGCCCUUUUUCGUGAGUUCAUCUCUGAUGCAGAUCUUGUUGAACAAAGAUUCAUAAACUAAGAACAAGUGGAAGCGCAAAUGGCAUCUCACAGCGGUGUGUUACCUUUUCCUCCUCUGCUGUCUGUGCAGCGCUCGGCGUUUAGGGACACUGUACUUAAGACCUUGUUGGCUUGCAUUUGCAUGUUUUAUACCAAAGCUUAUACUGUAAAAUGUGAAGCCAUUGGAAGUUGCAAUGGAAUUGUUAAUAACAUGAAACAUUUUUAUACUAAGAUCUUUCGUUUUGUAAUUCAUUUUUAAAUAUAGUGGCUUGGGUGUUUUGAACAUGCUACUGAGUAUGUUAAUAUUCUUUUAAAUAUUAAAUUGAAAAAGGGUAUGUUAACGUAAAUCGAAAGCUCCUACUAUAUUUUUAAGAUUAUAGCUAACUGACUUCUGCAGGGAAAAUUGGUAAAGUGAAGUAAACAUUUUUAAAGCUUUGCCCACUCUUUCUUGACAGUAAACCAGUAAAAGCACCGCCCCACUCCAGUGCUUGCUGUCUUUUGGUCCGUAUAGUGUUUCCUCUUAGACAGUUGGACUUGCCAGUCAUCCAGCCUUGACUACUUCGUCCUCUGACAAAGUGCCUUACUGGCUGCUUACUAUUACCCAGCUUUUGUGGGCAAGUUUAUAAACAUUAUUGUAAAAAAAAUUAAAACCUACAGUGUUUAGUGAUUAAAACAAGUCUUGCAUGUGUUUUCCUCUUGCUCACUGAUUGGAAACCACUGGUCAUUUCACCAUCACUGUGUGGCAUAAGGAAGUUUCCCUUGUGCCUAGUGGACAUUCAUGAAUGUGUGCUACACCCAAGGAAAAAAAACACUUGAAAGAAAGGACACUUUUGGGUUUCUUUGUUUAGUUUUUAUUAAAAGAGAAAAUUUUAAAUGUCUUUUCUGUGGUCAAUCCUUAAAAAUCACAAUAGGUAUAAAACUGUAUCUCUCGGUGUUUUACACAUAGUUGAAAAAGAAAGUUCUAGGAAUUAGAAAGGGAAACUUUAGCUCACAGAUGUUAUGUGCUAAAUGGCUCCAUUAUAUAUGAUUGUUUCCAUCAAAGGCCAUUCUAUAUAUGUCUCUCAUUUUCUAACUUUUGAUACACAACAGCUUGUUUACAACAUGUUGAUUUUUUAUUGUACCAAUAUAAACAGGAAUACUUUCUCAUUUUAAAUAACUUUGCUAGUACUACUAACUUUAAAGAAAAUGAAUUCAGUUUGUUCCUCAGUGGUACAGAGUCCAUAAAAGCAUUCAUCCUAAGGAUAUGUCAACCACAGUGAUAGUUGAUGAAAGAUUUGAGAAUCAAUCAACAUUAAGUAACAUUGGUUUAUCUAUCAUCACAUUUGUUUAAAAGUAACUUUACAUACUCUUAGGCCAAAAAUAAAUUCACGAGGGCCUGACAGUAUGAGCUCUAUAAUCAGUGUGCUUCUGCUAUGCAGAAAUAUUAGGAACAUAUUGUCUAAAUACCUUUGAUAACUAAGAUGUUUCAUACUUAAAGAAAUUUGUUACUCAUUGUUUUAGAUACAUUUGUUUUUU